AUGGCUGACAUGCCGGCCAGUAAAGUCUCUAAGACCUGCGAUCUGUGCAAAUCACGGAAAGUUCGCUGCAUUAGGUCUGGGGAGGAUGAACACGCCGCGUGCGACUAUUGCAUCAAUCGCAAGGCUCGAUGCCACUACAGCUAUAUGAAGCCACCUCGAAAGCGCAAACAACAGAUAGACGAUGUUGAAUGUCCGCCUGGAGAUUUAGAAAGCUCUUCGCUGGUUAAACGGGUAGCUUUAACUUCUCCCGACCCAACUGUCAUACAAGAUUCUGUGUCCAAUAAGCAUGUAACCGCGCACCUGCCAACUCUGUCGAGCUCUGCGCCAACGAGUUUAUAUGUGGAUCAUCUCUUAGCAAGUCGUCAAACACCAGCUCGUGGUCGGGAUGAAGAGGUUACCAACAAAUUGGCUGAGAUAUUCGGCCCUAGCUCGAAUAUAUCCUUUUUUUCCAAAGCUAGAGUCGACGCCCUAGGUGCCCGACUGGGGCAUACCCGGCUGAGUCAACUUCUUGAAACUAUCGGAUCUGUUGCCAAUUCGAGAACCAAAGGAGCCAAUAAGGCUGCAAAUCUACCGUUCCUGCGCCAGCAGAGCUUACCACCCUUGGAGUUAUCCGAAGAUGUCUCGACAGCAUGUAUACAAGCCUUCUUUACUCAUGUGCAUCCGGUGUACCCAUUUCUUGAUCAAACAGCAUUUGAGCAACGGCUUUACGGACACCUUCUGUACCCGUCACUUGAGAAUGAUAGAGUUUGGUCCGGCUUAUAUUAUGCCGUUUUGGCCCUUGGGUGCCAGUAUAACGAUGGAGGCGGUUUCGAUCCUGGGAAAGGACAAGCAUGGUCUUUUUUCGAGAGAGCAAUGUCUUGCUUCUCCGAUAUUAUCUUUACCAAGGGAUCUCUGAUGGCGGUUCAGGCUCUCACGGCAAUGGCAAUAUUUUCCACUAAAUUGUCGGCAUGGCAAUUUGAGGCUUUGCUGAUAUCGGAAGGCGCACGGAUGGCACAAAAUAUGGGUUAUAAUCGAAAUAGGGGACUCAAAGACAACCUUUCUCAUCGGGUAUUUUGGGUCCUCUAUUGCCUUGAUAAGACGUCUUGCUUCGUCACGGGAAGAACAUCCAACAUCAUGGAUGCGGACAUCGGGUGUCCAAUCCCUUAUGUUCCGGAAUCCGUAUUUGGCGACUAUGACUGGUUUCUCACGCAUGCGCGCUAUGCCCGACUCGUUUCCCGGAUUUACAGCACUAUAUUCUCUCUCAGUGCGGCGGGAAACUCUUCAAGUUAUUAUUUAGAUCGCAUCCAACAUCUGCUUGAAGAGCUCGAGUCGUGGAAAGCUUCGAUUCCUGAGUGCUAUCGUCCCGGUGAACCUCUUAAGGCCAGGCUGAUGCCCGGGCCUGUGGCAGUGUCGGUUGCCUUGCAUGCACAAUACUACUACUAUAAUGCCUUGAUGACCCUAUCACGGACGGCCCUCUACAUUGGGGACGGCCCGAAAGAGAUGGGGUUGCAACUACGCAUGAAAAGAUUGUUUAUUGAUACUGCUUGUUCCAUUUUGGAACUGACCAAAUAUAUUGAGGUCGCAUCAUACACGUCGCUGUGGGUACUCGCCAUCAUGCCACUUUCAGCGCUAUUCAUCCUUUUUGACCAAGCUGUUCACAACCCACUGCUCCCGCAGACCACCUCCUAUUUAUCUCUUUUGGAUAUUGGCAUCGGGCAUUUCAGCCGGCUGGAUUAUGCGAGUCAAGGAACCGUUCCGGGCUCCCUUUUGGCCGAGUUCGCUCACAUUGCGCGUCAAUAUAUCCGCGAUUCACAAAUUAAAGAGCAUGGACGUGACCGACACCAGGUAAUACAAGCGGCACAGAGACGAGAUAGUCAAGACACGUCCUCCUAUAGCUACCGGGGCUUUGAUGGGACGAAACCUCCUGGUGUCCCGGAUUCAAUGGCGCAAAACACAGAGCCGCGGGUUGAUGCAGGGGGACUGCAGACAUCCAUCAGCAGCGCCUUACUGUCUUCUCGGCCCCUUGCGACCCCGGCGGGCUCCUUUGACCAUGUCUCUAGCUUAGCAGCGCAACAGUAUAGCCAUCAAAUAACACAUGAAAGUCAGACCAAAAAUUCAACAACACAAGCCAGCCACUUGAUGCAUACGGAGAAGCCGACGAUUGGCAACAAUGGUUUCAUGGGAACCCCGUAUGAAGCCUCGGCAUCGACAAUGGAGGAUAUUUCUGGAGCGAUCGCCUCGGAGGAAUUCCAGCUGCUCGGGAUCGACGUCAUGGAUCUUUUUGACACGAUGAAUUUCCCUGUGGGCACCCCUUGA